GGAGACUUGUGAUUGGUGGAGACGGGCUGGCUUUGUCGUCAUAGCCCCGGCACCCAUUCAUCAGUGGACUUGGGCGUUGUACUCCGCAUCUCAUUUGCGGCGGGGCCAAUUUCUCCAUUUACAAACUCGGCUCGAGAAAAAAUUGCAAGAAUUCGCGUUUCUUUUGCACCUUUGCCACAUUUUUUGCAAGCUCUCACGCGUCCCUUUGCGGUCACUUCGGUCCCGGGCUGAUUCCUCGGCUUUGGUUGGAGAAGGAGGUGUCUGCAUUUGAGCAGGAAUUUUGGGAGGAAGCUUGCGGUCUUUGUUCAUUCAUUUUGAUCGGUUGGGUUCCUUUGUUGUACCAAAAAGCAUGGGAGCACAAAUCUCCAAAACCGCUGGAAAAGAGGAGGCUGCGGUGGAAAAGCCAGCAGAAGGCGCAGCUGUUGCAGCAAAGACAAACGGACAGGUAAAUGAAGUUUGAAUUAUUUACAUCUUUAAUGCUCGUGCGGGAUUUAGUCUCUUUUUUAGCAAUGUGUUGCGCCAAUGGCGUGCUCCUUGUUCCCCGUAGCGCAUCCCCACGCUCACCGGCAUUUCAGGGAAAGUGGCCACAUGUUUAAUUUCACCGGCGAGUUGAUUUUUCACAUUUUCCUCGCGCUGCAUCCAAAUAUCAUCUUUGGUUUUGUGCUGUUUAAAGAAAUAAACCUUUUAAUUCAUUCAUUUAUUUUUAAUCCAUCUUUUGAAUAUGAAUGAGAUCAGGCUGUUCCACUAAUCUGAUGAAUGUUUAAAUAAAACAAAAUGUACCUUAUUUCCGAUUCAGUUUUGGCAUAUUUUGUUGCUGUGGCGCUUUUUCUGUCGCAAAAGAGCGUCAUUUUGUGAAAGUAGUGUUAAAUCUGUGUGCACAGGGGUUUGUGGCCGCUCUCACUGAUGGUGGCAUGGCCAUUUUAAAAAACGAUACCACCACGCCUUUGUUGCCAGGUUCAAGAAAGAAGCCAUGUUUUUUUCAUCCAUAGCAAUCUCAAAACCUUAAACUUUUUCACGCAAAUCUAGAAAAUUGAUGGAAGCACGUGGAAAUUAGAGUAACAAGUAAUAAUUGACUGCUUUGGUCGUCAAAAGACGAUGAAAAAUAAACCAAAAUUCCUCUGGUAACCAAAAAUCCUCACUGAACUCCCCCUAGCGGCGGAUGGCGGUACUGCAGUCUAACCAGCUAGCCUACUGCUGAGGGCCACAGAUCUGUCGUCACUCUCUUAGUAACAGAUGUUGCUGCAGUUUUAGGGCUAUUUUCCUAUUGGUUGCUACCAGAGGCUGAAAUUGAUUAAAUACCAAAGCACGCCAGAUUUUUCAUGGGUUAGUCUUGCAGCCACAUGUUCAUAUGUAGGCCAGUGCUGACCUCAGACUAACGAUUACAGACAGUAAAGGGUCCAGAAUUCAUUUUAAAUUAAACAGCACAGUGAAGUGCAUAUUUAAAGGGCAUUUCUGUUGUUUUUUUUCUUUCAGGAGAAUGGCCAUGCCAAGACCAAUGGGGAUGCUUCUCCAGCUGCAGAGGAGGCCAACAAAGCUGAUGUUCAGGCCAACGGCAGCACCCCUACUGAGGAGGCGCCUAAAGGAGAUGGUGAGAAAGUAGAGGGUGCCGAGGCCAACGGUGAGAAGGAGCCUGCUGCCACAAAUGGAGAAGCUUCUGCCAAGCCAGAGGAAGGCACUCCAUCCACCAGCGAGGAUGGCAAGCAGAAGAAAAAGCGUUUCUCUUUCAAGAAGCCCUCCUUCAAGCUCACUGGUUUCUCCUUUAAGAAGACCAGGAAGGAGUCUGAGGAGGCAGCAGAGGAGGGAGCAGCAGCAGCAGCAGGAGGAGAGGAGAAAGCAGCUGAAGGAGAGAAGGCCGAGGACGCCCCUGCUGAAGAGGCCAAGCCUGCCGAGGCUGCUGAGGGAACCAAGGAGGCUGAAGCCGAGGAGCCGAAAGCCGAGGAGGAGGUGAAGGCGGAGGAGCCAGCGGCGGCAGCAGCUGGAGAGGAGAAACCAGCUGAAGCUUCACCUACUGAGCCAGAGACGGCAGCCAGUCCAGAAGCCGCUGCUGAGUAAUCCUGCUGAGCGAGAUGCCGGAAUGAAGGAGGGAUGGAGCCCGUGUGAAGGAAAUGCGAGGACUUGUCUAAAACCAGGGAUUUUUUUUGUUCAUUAUUUUUGUUGGUGUUCGUUUACUAUUCUGCAACCAUCUCAUCCAUAAUGACUGCAACGUCCUGGGCAGUGAUGGACAGGAGGUGUAUUGGAGAGUGUGCUGCUUCCUCACUGCUCAUUGGUGCUUGCAAUUGUGACGUGGGUGAGUGUGAAGGUGUGAAUGUGAGUGUGAAUGCUUUUCUACAUGAAACCAUGACUGUGUUGACACAUACCUGAAUUCGACAUAUUUUAUCCAAGUAUUCGGUGCUGGGCAAUUGGAUGUAGCAGCUAAAGCUGUGUCUGCAAGAUUUGACACAUUGUGAUAUUUAAAGGGAAAGUCCUAAACCAAGUCUUAAAUGUUGUCUUUGCAGUGCACAGUUGUUUACAACUCUUAAACUCAAUGCUCCUGUGGACACAACCAUUCCUGAAUGAACUAGAUUUAGUGAACUGUCUAAAUAAUAGGUGCUCAUCACUUCCCAUUAUUAGAUCCCACCAUUUCAAACUCUGUAGUAAUGCACGUUGUAUAGACUUUGAUAUUACUGGUUUUAUGACUGAGAUGUACCUAAAUGACUGAAGUUUUUAACAGAUUACCCAUUGUAAAUGAAGUUUUCUUGUUUUUCACCAUUUGUAAGAUUGAAUAAAAUUGGGAGAUGUUUUAAGCAAAUUUUGGAUCGCACUGUGAUGACUGCAACACCACCUAACACAUGGAAAGAUACAGAUUCAGAGCCAGGGGUGCAAUAUUUGACCAGCAUCUUUCUGUAAAUAACUAGGUUUCACCAUAUUAAACUUGUACUGUACAUCACAAACUGGUUAUAGGUGUUAAAUUUAUUUUGUGUGAACACUACAGAAUAAAGGUAUUAAGUUUGAAUUGGCA